CGGGAAAUCCGAGUGACGCAACAAGCUGUCAGCUGUUCUUGUUUUGCUUCGGUUUUUCCCUUCUUCUUUCUCUAGAGUGUCUGAUCUCUUCUGUACUAAACAGGAACAUUUAUGGAACUCAGAGUUGGAUUCUAAAAACACCGGAUAUAAGGAGUUCAAAACACUCAGGCCUAUGAUUAGAUCGGUUUAUUGUUAAAAAGGCGAUCGAGAUUUCUUCUCAGCUGGAUCCUCAAUCCGACGCUAUCGUGCCAAGAGGCAAAGCCGAUCCCAGGCCUCCGAUCCAGGGCGGAGGGAGGGAAAGAGGUCGCUGGGAAUCGGGAUGGAGACGGGAGAGGGAGCUGACGGUCCUAGCGGACCCGGUGAACCGGGAGCCGGGCCGGGGACGGAGCUGACGGGGCUUGGCUGCGCCUCUUUCAACCAAGACUCCACGUCAUUGGCAGUGGGAACCAAGACAGGCUAUAAGCUGUUCUCUGUGACCUCAGUGGACAAACUGGACUGCAUCUACGAGAGCGAGACCCCAGACGUGUACAUCGUGGAGCGGUUGUUCUCCAGCAGUCUGGUGGUGGUGGUCAGUCUCUCCAUCCCCAGACGGAUGAACGUCUACCACUUUAAGAAGGGAACGGAGAUCUGCAACUACAGCUACAGUAACAACAUCCUCUCUGUCAGACUCAACAGACAGAGGCUGGUGGUGUGUCUGGAGGAGUCAGUGUACAUCCACAACAUCAAAGACAUGAAGCUGCUGAAGACCCUUCUCAACACGCCCUCCAACCCCUCAGGUCUGUGUGCUCUGUCCAUCAACCAUUCCAACUCGUACCUGGCCUACCCAGGCAGCUCCACCAUCGGAGAGAUCAUAGUUUACGAUGCCAACAACCUGAGCACUCUCACAAUGAUCCCGGCCCAUGACAGUCCCCUGGCUGCUCUCACCUUUAACUCGUCAGGCACCAAGCUGGCCAGCGCCUCGGAGAGGGGUACUGUAAUCCGUGUGUUCUCCAUCCCAGAGGGACAGCGUCUGUUUGAGUUCCGCAGAGGGAUGAAGAGGUACGUCAAUAUCAGUUCCCUGUCCUUCAGUCCUGACGCCCAGUUCCUCUGUGCCUCCAGCAACACUGAGACCGUGCACAUCUUCAAACUGGAACAGCACGGACCCAGUGGAGAGGAGGAGUGUCCUACCUGGGGAUCCUACGUAGGGAAGAUGUUCUCUGCAGCCAGCAGCUACCUCCCAGCCCAGGUGUCUGGCGUGAUGAGUCAGGAAAGAGCCUUCGCCACUGUACGCCUCCUAGUGGCCGGGCAGAGGAACGUCUGUACCCUCGCCAUGAUCCAGAAGCUUCCUCGUCUGCUGGUGGCCUCCUCCGACGGACAGCUGUUCAUCUAUAACGUCGACCCCCAGGAUGGAGGAGAGUGCUUCCUGGCUCAGAAACACAGAUUGUUUGGUGAGGAUGAGGACAAGGAGGAAGGGUUGGAGUCAGAAGGGUCAGAGGUCACGGUGCCCGUCCAGGCAUGUCCAUCAUACGCCGCCACUGUUGCCAUACCAGCCACCGGUCCAGUCACUACCACACUCACAGGUUACUCUGAGGAUGGUGGGGCUAAGAAGGGCGAGGUGAUCCCAGAACAUGAGUUUGCUGCUGGUCCCGUCUGUCUGGAUGAUGAGAAUGAGUUUCCUCCAAUAAAUUGGUGCCGCGACGGAACUCGAGGUGGCCAGGGGCGUCGUCUGUGAGGGAAGGACAGGAGGACAGACAGACAGGUGUCUGUAGUACACGUUAGAACACACUGACACCUGGUCUGGAACCACAGGCGGGAGGACAGACAGACAGACAGGUGUCUGUGGUACACGUUAGAACACACUGACACCUGGUCUGGAACCACAGGCGGGAGGACAGACAGACAGGUGUCUGUGGUACACGUUAGAACACACUGACACCUGGUCUGGAACCACAGGACUUCCAGGGGAACCGUUACCCAGAGAGAGUCAGAGAGGAACAGGACUAUAUAAACCAGGGGAACCGUUACCCAGAGAGAGAGUCAGAGAGGAACAGGACUAUAUAAACCAGGGGAACCGUUACCCAGAGAGAG